CGCUGUCGAGAAAAGUCCCUGACAUCGGAACCUAUCUGUCGGACAUGAAGGAACAACUUCCGGUUUCCGCACGGUCAUUUUUUUUUUUGAAACACUGUUCGGGAAGUAAGUACUGUGUCAAAAUGAAGGGAAGGGUAAUGGGUUCUCCAAUUCCUGCUAGGGUUCUUCUUUUAGAGUCAGAUCCUGAACAGGCUUCUUGGAAAGAUGAUGAAGUCUGCGUGGUGGGAAUCUUUGGUAAAACGUCCUUCCAAGUCAAGUCUGAAAAAUGUUCACUUAUCAACACCCUGUGCGAUAAACAAGCUUUCCCCCUUUUUCAUGAAGAAGAUCAGGAUGGACAACAGAGUAAUACUUUUAUUCAGACUUACUAUAAUCAGGAAAAUAAAGUACUUUACCUGAUUCUUACAUCCGUUUGCGAUACAUACCAAUUAAUGCAGGCUUGCACAGAUUUGAGUGACCAUAUACCUCACGCGGAGGCACACGAGUUUUGGAAAAGUGAAGAGAAAAUGUACUGCAUGAGUUUACUUUAUAUAUUCUGCGUGUGUCACAUCGUGCUUUUAGUUCAUCCCACUUGUUCCUUUGAUAUUACGUAUGAUAGGCUUUUUAGAGCGUUAGACAACUUACGACAAAAAGUCCUUCCUUCUCUAAAGAUGAUCAUUAAAGAUUGUGCAGUUGGAAAAGAAUGGAAACUGAACUGUAGACCUUGCCCCCCUCGACUACUCUUUGUUUUUCAGUUAAAUGGAGCACUUAAGUUGGAACCAAAAAAUCAAGAUGCAUCUGUUAUAGAUAAACCCAAAAAGCAUUCUCCCAAAAGAAGGCUUCAACAUGCUUUAGAAGAUCAAAUUUACAGAAUUUUUAGGAAAAGUAGAGUAUUGACCAAUCAGAGUAUCAACUGUUUGUUUACGGUUCCUGCAAACCAAGCUUUUGUUUAUGUAGUACCAGGCCAAGAUGAAGAUCCAAUUGGAAUGUUGAUAGGAAUGUUAAGAAGUACUUGUACCAUUAAGGAAAGUGAGCCUUUGGUACCAAUGACAGGACCACGGCGUUAUCAAAGUAUGCGAUAUGCUCGGCAGCCCUCAUUUACUGUAGAAAGUAGUUCUAGCUCCUCUGGUCAACUAGUGGAUUGCACACUGAAGGAGUUCUUAUGGCAACAUGUGGAAUUGGUCCUAGCAAAAAAAGGAUUUGACGAUAGUGUGGGUAGGAAUCCUCAGCCUUCUCAUUUUGAACUACCUACAUACAAAAAGUGGGUCUCUGUAGCCUCUAAAUUAUUUGAAGCUGUAAUUGAUGGAAAAGAGGAUGGCCUAGCAUCUCUUAAUGGAGAGUUGACACUAAAAAUUCAAGGGCAGCUUAAAGUUUUGGAAGGAUUUUUAGAUGCAGAUACUAAAUUUUCAGAAAAUCGGUGUCAGAAAGCACUUCCCUUGGCUCAUAGUGCUUACCAGUCUAAUUUGCCACAUAAUUAUACAACAACUGUUCACAAGAACCAGCUAACACAGGCUUUGCGGGUUUAUAGCCAGCAUGCUCGUGGGCCUGGUUUUCAGAAAUAUGCUGUCCAGCUUCAUGAGGAUUGCUAUAAGUUCUGGAGCAACGGGCACCAGCUGUGUGAAGAGAGAAGUUUGACAGACCAGCACUGUGUUCACAAAUUUCAUCUACUUCCCAAACAAGGAGAGAAACCUGAACCAGAUAGGAAUCCACCUGUCUUGUAUCACAACAGUCGUGCUCGUACAACUAGCAGUUGUAACUGUGGACGAAAGCAAGCCCCACGGGAUGAUCCAUUUGAUAUCAAAGCAGCAAAUUAUGAUUUUUACCAGCUUUUUGAUGAGAAGUGUUGUGGUAAACUGGACCGCAUUCAUUUUCCAGUAUUUCAGCCUAGUACACCUGAUCCUGCACCUGCCAGGAAUGAGACCUGUCUUGCUCCCCAGGAAAGUGAAGGAGAAAAAUUGAGAGAGAAGGAGAUCCAUACUCAAGCAGAGAGCACUGGUUUGAGUUUAGCUCUUAGUCUUGGUCAGUCAGUAGACAGCUUGGGCACUUAUCAGACUGAUUCUCAUGCUGGAGGUGAGAAUCCAGAAGCAAAUAUCCAAGGAGGAGAGGCUAAAGGUGAGAAAAGACCGAGUCUGGUGGAUCGACAAGCAUCCACUGUGGAGUACCUCCCUGGCAUGCUACAUUCCAACUGCCCUAAAGGUCUUUUGCCUAAGUUUUCUAGCUGGUCUUUAAUCAAGCUUGGGCCAGCAAAGACCUAUAACUUCCAUACAGGACUAGACCAGCAAAGCUUUAUUCCUGGAACAAGCUAUUUGAUGCCCUGGGAUAUUGUUAUCAGAAGCAGAUCUGAAGAUGAAGUUGACCUUGAUACCAACUCCUGGCCAGCUCCCAACAAAGCCAUUCCUGGAAAACGGGGUGCAUCUGGUAUGGGGCGAAGUAGGAGACGGGAUGAUGUAGCCCGUGCCUAUGUUGGGUACGAAUACGAGGAUUCACGGGGACGAAGAUUUAUGUCCUCAGGACCUGAUAAGAUGAUGAAAGUGAUGGGUGGUGGUCCCAAGGAAUCUGCAUUAAAAGCUUUGAACUCUGACAUGCCUCUCUACAUAUUAUCCCCAUCUCAAGGUCGAGGACUGAAGCCCCAUUAUGCUCAGCUGAUGAGACUCUUCAUUGUGGUACCUGAUGCUCCUUUGCAAAUUAUUCUUACACCUCAGGUGCAACCAGGUCCUCCACCUUGUCCAAUUUUCUACCCAGAGAAGCAGGAGAUUACGCUUCCUCCUGAUGGAUUGUGGGUACUUCGAUUUCCUUAUGCUUAUGUUACAGAGCGUGGACCCUGUUAUCCUCCAAAGGAGAAUCAACAGCUAUUAAGUUACAAAGUUCUUCGAGGAAUCCUCAAAUCUGUUCCUCAGUAAUGCAACUGCUGUUUCCCUUUUUUGGAGCAAAUUGGUGUGUAGAUAAUGUGCUUUAGUUCAUAGGCAUGUUUGUAAUGACACCAAAGACCCAUUUCUCUCCUUUGUCAGCCUUCAUCCCAACUAGUGGAGGUAUUAGUCACAUGACCAAAGUGAUGGGUUAGGGUUUAUGUUCUUGCCAAAGUAUACCCAACAGUGAUGGCGCAUGCUUUUUUUCCCCUAAGUGUGGCCAGUGGAGAGCAUAUAAAUGCUGGGCAGCAUAAACUUUCUUGGUUUUGGGAGAGAGGAGAACACACUAGUUAUUUAUUUCUGUUGUACUAAUUUGUGAAAGGCACCAUCCAGCCACAUUCAUGGAGCACCAAUUUACCUAACUACAAAAAUGCUCUAGUGGUUAAGUGAUGUGCAGUACAUUUUCAUACAGGAAGCUUUGUUUCAAGUUCAGAGGAGUAGAGGAGCUGCUGGACAUGGAGAAGUGAGGUGGAGGUGAAAGAUUAGGACAGAAAGAGGUAAUAAGAGUUACGUAAAGCUGAAGAAGGGAGAGGUAAUGCUUGUAGGAGAGUGUUCACAAUAAGACAUACUGGAUGCUCUAGGGUAAGAGUUCCAAAGCUUCAGAAAAGAAGUGUGGCUGAAAUUAUUUUGGUUAAAUGAGAAAUGACUGCUAGGAUCCAAAACAUUCUGGAUCCUGACUUUGAUAGGUGAAGGAAGAGUGCAGUGUGGAGAAAGUGAAAUGAUUGGAUACCAAGUUGCUACUAUUGCUGACACUGCAAACACAUGUUUGGUAGUAGCAUGUGCCUUACAUAAUGGUAUUGCAGGCUGCAUGCAUACGCCAGGUGUUAUCUGCCUUGCUAAAGCCCUCCUUCAUCUGUUCAAAUGCCAUGCAGUUUGCAUGCACUCAAAAGAAAGUAGUUUCCACUAAAAAAGGCUCAUCUUGAGUUGGAGACAGCUUGACAGCUGCAGCAGGGCUUGGUUAAAAAGAAAGUCUGCAGCAUUUUAGGCUUGCAGCCAUUUUCUUUUUUGAUGUUAAAAAAACACUGUGUACUUUUGUUGACACAAGACAGUACCACAUCUAAAGCAUCAGUUUUGCCAAUCUUUAGAUAAAGACAUUUUUCCGUGAAGAUAAUUUGGAGGUCAUAGAUUGAAACGGACUACAUGAUUGUAUGGUAGCAGGGUUUUUUCUGUAGUGUAAGUCCCUUGUUCUCAUUCCUUAAACAGUCCUGAUUAUUUUUCUUGUUGACUUGUGUGGUGAAAACUAUGUUUUUGAGCACAGUUGAGAAUAGGAGGAGCCUUGUCCAUACAACUGGAAAGCACGCUGAGAAGAAUAGCAUGUAUUGCAUUAAUGUUUGUUAUGAAUACUUUUGCCUUCUUACACUAAUGCAGAAUUGAAAAUAAAAAACUAUGUGGAUCUUAAUAUUGUAUUAUUUGAAGUAAAUGUUCACUGUAAAUCUGUUUCUGUCAUUCAGGAAAAGGAUUUGGUGUACAGUGUUAUACAUACCUAAUAAACAAUGACAUGCAUACAUGUCAACCUUAUAA